AUGAUAUACCUAUAUCACCUUUUAGGAUCUUCAAAUGUUGACGUUAGCGUUUUGUGUCAGCUGGGUGAAAGUUUUGGUACUCCGAACCCACUGGAACAUGAUUUACGAUACUUAUUGGAAACAGGUGACUUUGCAGAUGAAGCACUAGUGUUUACAGCAGAUGGAACAAAUGAUCAUUUAAGACAAGACUCAGGAUCCUCGGAGUAUGGAUUUCGUCCAAAAAUCAAACUUCCUUGCCAUAAAGCAAUAUUAAGCGCGCGGUCACCAUUUUUUCGAAAUUUAAUUGCGCGGCGUACACGUAAAAUAGAUGAGUAUGUAGAACGAUCUUUACACGUUCCGACUCGUAUUGUGUUAGACGAAACUGUUAUUCCAAAAAGGUAUGCACGCGUAUUGCUUCAAGCUAUUUAUUUAGACACAGUAGAUUUGACUUUGAUCUUGCGUGGUGUUGGAUCAAGUACAACAGCGGGUUCUCUAGGAGAAGUCCAUGCUUUAACCAACACUGGCCGAGUGCGUCCAACAACUCUUGAAGAAGCUAUGGAGCUAUAUCAAAUCGGACGUUUUUUGGAACUUGAUAUAUUGGCCCAAGGAUGUGAGGAUUUGAUUUUAGAAUGGUUAUCUCUAGACACCUUACCCACCGUUUUAAGGUGGGGCUGCCAACCUUAUGGUUCUGCAUGGGUUUUUCGACAAGCUUGUCAAUAUUUGCGAGAAGAAUUUUCGGCUGUUAGCGCCUCGCCAGUUCUGCAUCAAUUGGAUAAAUCCCAGUUAAUACAUGUAUUGCACAGUAACUUUUUACAAGCGUCGGAGUUAGAAAUAUUGCAAGCGGUUUUAAAAUGGGGCGAGCAAGAACUUAUUCGACGUAUGGAAGAUAGAGAACCAAAUUUGUUGUCACAUACAGCCCAUUCAGUAACACGCAAAGGUGUAAAAAAACGCGACAUAAGUGAUAUAGAACUAAGAGAAAUUCUGUCAGAACUGCUACCUUUAGUACGGAUGGACCAUGUCUUACCCCCUCAUUGUGACGUUUUAUGUCAAGCCAUUCGAAGAGGUCUUGUAAGUACACCUCCAUCACAUAUGAUUGGGGAUGAAAGAGAAAAUCUCCGUAUCAACGCCUGGAUUCGUGGAGGAAAAAACCAGGGAUUGUAUGUAAGGCCGCGUCUAUUUAUGCCAUAUUUUGAAGAAGUAAAAACACUUUUAGAAGAUCGAAUGCCAACGCACAAUCACGUAGAAAUAUUACGAAUGCGCACGACUAGGCAUCCUCCAAAUAUUCCAGACACAUUGUAUAUGGUAUCUCACUUAAAUUCUGGCUCAAACAGGGGUAUUGGGGCAGAAAGAAAUAAUGAUGAACAACAUUUUGGUUUUUUAGGGGGAGCAGUUGCAAUACCGCCACCGGACAACCAAACGUUAUUAGCUAUGCGGAAGCGUGAACAUAAAUUGCGUCAAUCACCAAUGUGCCAACGUGCAUUGCUGCUCCCUCUUUCGUCAAAAAAUGAAAUUGACCGGCAAAUUAGGCUUAGAGUUGUUAGAGAGUUUAAUCUUCCGGAUGAAGUAUCUGAUAUAUUGGGGAACUCUCUCCAAAUCAAUAAAGGAAGUAAUGAUCCCUCUAUAGAAGCAACUGUUACACCAUCAUCGGCCCAAAAUGAGGUUAGUUUACUUGAAGAUGAAAACCAGAGUCCCCCCCCUUCGCCAGCUGCUCAUGGAUCAGUUUCACAAUACACAAACGCAGCACCUUCGUUUCUAUCGACGGCUACAAUGGCAUCAUCAGUGUCGUCUUAUAAUACUGAUAUGGUUCACCCAUGUAACAACCGAAAUCUUACUUUUCCAAGACAUCACUCAACUGGUAUUAUUGGUGUAGCUAAUUUUAUGGCAUAUAAUUCUGGUCCUGGAGCACAGUGCAGCUACGCACGUCUUUCAAAUUCAAGUCAACAUCGUAACGAUUUGCCUGCCUUGAUAACUGAGGGCGAUUUUGGAUUUUCUCAUGAUAACAGUCUGGGGUCUGAUGCCGACACCGAGGGUGGAGCAUCUGCAUUAGAUGCCGGUAACAGUCAUCUUUCCGAAAUGAUGCCGGAUGUAGCUAUGGCUACGGCAUCGUUGGGACAGCUUCAUUUGACAAAUAGUGGAUCUGGGUGUAUUUCCACUAGCACACGCGCAUCAAUUAUUAAUAACGAGGUACCAGAAAGCUUGCAAUUGGAUUUAGGCGAUGGUCCAAGCCCCCAUGUCGUUGGAACUGCAACAAGUAGUAUUACUAUAAGUAAUAUUCAGCAACUGCCUCAAAAUAGUUACCACCAUUUUAGGCAUCGUUCAAAUUCACCUUUUGAAAUCCUGCGACAAGGGCAGGCCUCACCUACGUUGCAUCGCGAACAUUCCGGAAUGUUUAAUUCCGGUCCCCCCAGAUUUUUAUAGAGGCUGCAAAUUGGACCGACCAGGAAAAAUUAUUUAAGCAUGCCUUUCCGAGUAGAAUCCAAUAUAACUAUCCGCAAAGCUUAGAUAAUUAAAUAAAAUACUUAUAAAUUAUAAUCAAUUUCUUUUUAUCAUUGUAUGUAUAUUGAAAUAUAUGUGAAUUUGUUAACUCGUGUUGUAAA